UUUACAUUUUGUCUUCUUUUAAACAGCCGAAUAGACUUUAAAAUGAAGAAGUCUGACAGUACCAAAUCUUUGCUGAUAAAGUCAGAGCAGCUCUUGCGGAUUGAGGAUCACGACUUCGCCAUGAGGCCUGGUUUUGGAGGCUCGGCUAUUCCAGUUGGUAUUGAUGUGCAGGUGGAAAGCAUUGACAGCAUCUCUGAGGUCAAUAUGGACUUUACCAUGACCUUGUACCUGAGACAUUACUGGCAGGACGACAGACUAGCCUUCCCCUCCAGCAACAACAAAAGCAGAACGUUUGACGCUCGGCUGGUGAAAAAGAUCUGGGUGCCAGACGUCUUCUUCGUUCACUCCAAGCGUUCUUUCAUUCAUGACACCACCAUGGAAAACAUCAUGCUCAGAGUCUUUCCAGAUGGGAACAUACUUUACAGCGUCAGAAUCACAGUGACGGCUCUCUGCUCUAUGGACUUCAGCAGGUUUCCACUAGACACACAGAACUGCUCUCUAGAGCUGGAGAGUUACGCGUACAAUGAGAACGACCUCAUGCUAUAUUGGAAGAAUGGGAACGAUUCAUUAAGGACUGACGAGAUUGCACUCUCGCAGUUUUUUAUUGAAGAAUUCCACCCUUCCUACGGGCUAGCCUUCUACAGCAGCACCGGCUGGUAUAACAGGCUGUACAUAAACUUCAUUCUCAGGAGGCACAUUUUUUUCUUCAUGCUGCAGACAUACUUUCCGACAAUGCUAAUGGUCAUGCUCUCAUGGGUGUCGUUCUGGAUCGACAGGAGAGCUGUCCCGGCUAGAGUUUCUUUAGGAAUCACAACUGUGUUGACUAUGUCUACUAUUAUUACGGGCGUCUCUGCAUCCAUGCCUCAGGUGUCUUAUGUGAAGGCAGUGGACAUCUACCUCUGGGCCAGUUUCCUGUUUGUUUUCCUGUCUGUCAUCGAAUAUGCUGCUGUGAACUAUUUCACCACUGUGGAAGAGAUGAAAAAACUUAAGAAAGGAAAUGUCCCAGUUUCCUACGACACCACCCAGGCUAUGGCAUAUGAUGGCUGUUUUCACGAUGAUAUCGAUGUUUCACCAUUCCCCGAGCUCCCAACCACUACCAGCACAAUGCAAACAAUUCCACCCAGGGCCUCGUCCACCGAACCACCGGCCACCGAAGGCACCAGACUCUGGAGGAAGCGUUCAGUCCGCCACAACAUCAGAUUCAUAAUGAGCAAUAGCUACAUGAUUGACUCAUAUUCUAGAAUCCUCUUUCCAGUUGCAUAUCUUCUCUUCAACAUCAUCUACUGGUGUAUUUACUCCUGAUUAUAAUAUAGU